GAGAGAGAGAAAUUAAGUUGGCAGUGUUAAUGUCAAACAAGGAAAACAGUUGGCAACGCGGCUCCCACUCUCUCCUUGGGAAAUUCCAUCUUCAUUGUCUCUUUCAUUUAUAUAUAUGUAUAUAUGUAUAAUGUUACCUCAAACUCUGCCAAUUCAAUUUGAUUAAAGAGAGAGGAAGAACAUAAUUAAACGCGAAAAUGCUGUCAUUUGUGAGAAUCUUCGUUCUGAUGUGGGCUGACUUACUAGCCGGGUAUGCCAUGUGGAUGAUGAUGCUAUACUUAACAAAUGUUUGGAAGCUCAACUUCACUCAUGCUGCUGCAAUUAUCAAUGUGUUUUGCGGAUUGACGGCAAUUAUGCUCUUGCCUAUGCAAUUCCUCGUUGAUGCCUUCUUGGGUAACUACUGGAUGCUUCUCAUCUCCAGUUUUGCCUAUAGUGCAGGUUUGGGAUUCCUAACAAUGUCAACCCCUCCGGUCCUCGCCAAGGCCACAGGCACUUGCAGUCUAUACGAGCCCGAAUGCAUUGGCGAGGGACAGAAAAUACUCUUCUACACAGCACUAGCUCUAAUAGCUCUGGGACUCUCGGGUCACUUAAUUUCACUAGGCGCUUUCAUAGCCGAGCAAUUCUCAGAAGAUGUACUCGACAACUUCACUACGCGCACGUUCAUCACCGCGUUUGUGGGCACAUACAUCACAGUCCUUGUCCCUAUAGGUGCUGUCAUUGCGAUUACAUAUAUAAGGUUAUGGUCGAUUCGGUUUGGCAUACCGGCCAUUUGCACAAUGGUGGCUACACUGGUAUUCUUGAGUGGUUCGGGUUCGUACAAUUGUGUUAAGCCGCAGGGUAGCUCGCUCACCAUUGUGUUUAGAGUGCUUGUGGCUGCAACCUCCAAGAUGUUUUGUAAGUGCCCAAAGGAGGCCGAUCGGCUCUAUGAAACAAGGGGUGUUGAUGAUGUUGAUUUGUUGCCUCACUCACGUCACCUAAGGUGUCUAGACAAGGCUGCAAUUAUAUUACCAGCAAAGCCUCUAGAAGAACAACAGAAAAACAGAUGGAAACUCUGCAGAGUUACAGAGGUAGAAGAAACCAAACUCACCAUUCGAAUGAUCCCUUUAUGCACCACUUUCAUUUUCUGCGGCGUUGUCUCUGCCAUUGGCAACACAUACUUCAUCGAGCAAGCAAACCAUAUGACCCACAAGCUCGGCAAACUCUCAAUCCCCAUCGUAAUCCUUCUCUGGUUCUACGACCAAGGCAAACAACAAUUCGCCAAAUUAUACUACAAGCUUGCCGUCAAGCUAGGCGGGUCAGGGGCGCGACACUAUGCUCCUCUCAUUGGUGUUGCUGUGUCGAUGGUUUUUGCAAUUCUAUGUUGCAUUAUUGCUGCUAAAGUGGAAACAAAAAGGCUAAAUGUGGUGAGGACUCAUGGGUUGGUUGACAAACCUGAGGAGAGGAUUCCGAUGAGCGUGUUUUGGUUGCUUCCACAGUUCGUACUCAUCGGUGCCCUUGAUGGGAUUCUUGAAAACAGUGUUGAAGCCAUCUUGUUCGAUCAGGUUGGGCCAUCAAUGAGGACUUAUGCGGUCCAUUUUGGUGUCGGUGUGACGGGGUUGGGGUAUAUGGGGAGUGUUCUAUCAGUGUAUGUAGCGGGGAAGGUGAGUGAAAGAGGCGGAAAACAGAGUUGGUUUCAGGACACAUUGAACCAUAGUCGGCUUGAUAAGUAUUAUUGGACACUGGCUUGGUUGACUGCUGUGAAUCUUGGUUUGUACAUUGUGGUGGCACUUUUUUACAGUUUUAGAGAAUCAGAAUUGGAAGAUGAGGAUGCUCCAAACUACGAUCCAACUUCAGGACCUUUUGAGGACAAUGCUCGAUGUUGUUGCUGUUAGGUGGCACAGAAUUCUCUGUUCUCAAAAUUUAUUUGGUGAUAUAUAUUGUUGUUUUAUGUUAAUUAUUAUCAUAUUUGGAGUGUGAAAAUUAAUUAAUGGGAGUCUUACAUAGUUUAUAUGAUGUUGUCAAAGAAUUAUGUUCUAUCUAACACUAAUAAUUGAAUAAAUCUCAAUUGUAUAUGCAGAACUUUUGACUAUUUAGUUGGUCAGUAAUCUGAUUGUGAUUGGACA